AAGGUAAUUUGCACAUUGUACACGUCGACUUCUGCAAACUCCGACAAAGUUCGUGUAAAAACGAAGAUGGAAAAGGUGACUUUGUUGGCCCUUUUGGCCGUAUUUAUAGUGUUUGCCGAAGCCAAUGUGGUAGAAAUUACUGAUGAAAACUGGAGAACUAUAAUGGAGGGAGAAUGGAUGUUAAAAUUCUAUGCCCCAUGGUGUCCAGCUUGCAAGGCCGUAGCUCCAGUGUGGUCAACCUUCUCAGUUGAUAGUAGAAGCCUCAAUAUCCAAGUGGGUGAGGUGGACGUGAGUUCUUCACCGGGACUCAGCGGUCGAUUCAUGGUCACCUCAUUGCCGACCUUUUAUCAUGUCCGUAAUGGGGAGUUUAGAAUCUACAGUGGAUCCCGUAAAUUGAAUGACUUUUUGGAAUACAUUGAGCUAGACCGAUAUACUGAGCUUACACCUGUAUCACCCUGGAAGGCACCUGACUCCAUCUUCAUGACCAUUGUGUCAUCCAUCUUCAGAGUGUCCAUGCAAGUCAGGAGUUUUCAUUUGACAAUGACGACAGAUUAUGGUUUCCCUGCAUGGAGUGUGUACGUCUUCUUUGCUGUCUGCACAGUACUGAUGGGUCUAACUCUUGGAAUGGUCUUUGUCUUCAUCACUGAUUGCCUUUGCCCAACAAGGCAUCCAACAAGACGUCUUGAAACAAGGAGCGAUGAACCAGAAGCUUACCCCAAGAUAACAGAGGAAGAUGAGGAGGAGCAGGAGGAGGAGGAGGAAGGGAUAGCAGGUGAGGAACCCACACCUCAAGGAGAUGCUCCUGGGGAUGAGGGAGGUGAUACCUCUCUAAGAAAACGGAAAACAGUCGCAGAAUCCACAGAGGCAAAGGACUGAACUUUGAACUGAUUUUGUAACUCAGCGUUGUGGAUCUUCUUUGGACAACUUUCAGCCUUUACAGCAACAAAUUGAACGCCAUUUUGGAGUGGAUGUGACUAUGACCAGGUGAACGGUGUUGGAUUUUAUUUUCAAGGUGCAGUGCAAUAGCCACAUUAUCGGUUUGUCUCUGGAUUGUGUUCAUGAUGUUGGUCCAUUUUUUAUACUUGAUGAAACCUGUUAGUGCACGGCCAUUUGCCUAGAAUUUUCAGUGAGGGGAAUAAGGGAACUUAUUUUUUUUGAUUAACUUUCAGAUUUCGCAUGUUUUUUUUUUUGUAGUUCAAAUCAAAGGAAUUGUGUUGCUUAAAUUCAAUGCGAUAAAGACAAACCCCAGAAGUGCUUUAAAUUAAAGAUCAAUUAAUUGUACAAAUUUAUACUUUCUGAUAAUUACCUGUAAAAAAAGUGCUGAGAUUUUUAGAGGAAAAACUCACUUCUUGUUUAAGGUCAACAUUGAUUAUUACAUGUUACUUGCCAAAUAAUGCUGUAGUGUUCAUCAAUCACUUCUAGUUAUUCUUAGACUAGAAUUUCAUCAUUCGCUUUAAAGUGAAUUCACUUUAUUUGGCGACAUCACAUCGGUAGAGUUUGUCCAGCAACCAGUGCAUUUCUAAAACGCUUUGUGGCCAGCAAUCGGUUAAUGUCACAUAUGGGGUAUAACCACUAGCAGCAACUCCUUCUCUGUUUUGUUUUAGCAAUGUUUUAUGAUUAUUAGUUUCUUUCAUGGUAAUAAUUACUGUUAUGCCUCACUAACUUGCUCGACUAAUUGCUGUUAAUAUUAUGAAAAUUAUGUUAAAUUUUAAAAGGGAUUUUAAGUUGGAGGAGUCGAUGAAGAAAAGUUCCACUCUUCUCAUCACUGGAUAGGACUUUUGUAUUAAUAGGUACACAAUGUUGUAGCCUUGUAGAGUUUAGGCAAAAUUUGACAAGUACACAAGGCUAUUAUAGCCUUGUAGAUUUUGUGCAAAAUUUGAGAAGGAUAUAUGC